GCCGGAGGUCGGGGCGGGCGCAGCGAGCCGGCGCAGCUGUCCGGAAUCAUGACUGAAGAUGACGGAUUCCGUGGUGGUGGAGGGUCACGUCAAGUUGAGAGACGGAAAAAAGUGGAAGAACAGGUGGCUGGUGCUGCGCAAGCCCUCGCCGGUGGCAGUUUUGCUCCUUUUAGACUGUUUGCUCAUGCUGGUGUACAAGGAUAAAUCUGAACGAGCGAAAGGGCACAAGGAGAGGAGCAGCAUGACUUUAGAAGACAUCUGUGGCUUGGAUCCUGGGCUCUCCUAUGAGGGCUUGAAUCACACGCUUGCAAUCAUCUGUCUCUCCCAAGUUGUGAUGCUGGGAUUUGAGAACAAGGAAACAAUGUACGCAUGGGAUGUACGAAUACGCUACAGUUUGGGGGAAGUUCAUAGAUUUCAAGUCUUUGUAGCCCCUGGCACAAAACUAGAGAGCGGGCCUGCUACCCUGCAUUUCUGCAAUGACAUCCUUGUCCUUGUGAAAGACCUUCCUCCCAGUGUCAUGGGGCAGUGGAAGCUCUCAGAUCUGCGUCGUUACGGAGCUGUCCCGAAUGGAUUCAUCUUUGAAGGGGGUACCAGGUGCGGCUUCUGGGCUGGUGUUUUUUUCCUCUCUUGCGCUGAAGGGGAGCAGAUCAGCUUCCUGUUCGACUGCAUCGUCCGCGGCAUCUCGCCGACCAAAGGCCCUUUUGGUUUGCGUCCAGUGCUCCCAGAUCCAAGUACCAACCCAGCCUAUUCAGAAGAAAGAUUGGCUCAUGAAGCUUUGCAGUUAGAAAAGCGCUUGAGCUUGCUUUCCCAUACAAGUCGCCAGGGUGGUGGAGGAGACGAUAGGAGUAUUUCAAGCUCAUCUUCGGAUACCAGCCACUCGGAUGUCAGUGUUGGGAGCAGGUUGACAGUGUGGCCUGAGCAGUCUUCAGCCAGCACCUCUCAGGAGAGCCAUGGACUGGCAGCUGCAAAGGGCAUUCACCUGGGAGAAGAAAAGACCCUUCCAGAAGGGGCACGUGGCACCACUAAACCCCCUCCGAAGGCCCUCCGAUCCAGACAGCUGCAGGAAAUAGGACGCCAGAGUUCUUCUGACAGUGGAAUAGCUACUGGCAGUCACUCUUCCUACUCUGGGAGCUUCUCUUCCUAUGCUGGGAGCUUAGACAUUUGCCACAGUGAUGAGUUUGGAUCAUUGCUGAGCUUGCCAUUGAACUUUCCUUCAGAUCAGAGUCUAUGUACUUGUCCUCACAGUGAGUCCCAGAGAGGUGUGGGAUCAGAGUAUCAGGUUCCCAGCUCUCUCAGACAUGUUUAUGACGUACCCAGGAGUGUGUUACAGGCAGCUUCUAAAGAAGUGCAGCUGAAGAGUGCAGAUUCCACGCUACCUAAGGACCAGGCCCUGCCUGCUCAAGGUGCCAGUGACCCAAAACUGCCACUACCACACUUGGAAGCACGGAGGGGACCUGAGCACAGCCAGCACAGAGGGAGGCCUUUAUCUUUACUCACAGAAAGCAGCAAGGACUCAAGUGAUGAGACAUAUGUGGAUUUUGUUUCAAGGUGGUCAGACACAAAACCACAAGGACAGGUGUCAGACUCCAAAAGUAGUGAGCUGUCACCACCUGGUGGGGCCUCAGCUGACCCCUGUGACACAUGUAGCCCCCACCUUGGGAUGACAAGAGCUCUUUUUUCAUCUUGUCCAAUCUGUGGUGGACUAAAGGGAACAGCAGUAUUACAGUCUGGAGUCUUACCAGCUAUAUCAGGUGGUGCUUCUGUCAUGGCAGCUUCUGGGUCUUUGAAAGUGCAUAGAGGGCACAGUCUCCAAGCUGGUCCUAAAGGUGGGUAUGAGAUGCUAACACUUCCUUCAGAACCUGGAACUCCAACUAGCUCUGAGGAACCUGAAGGUGCAGCAGGUUAUUCAGCAGAUGUCCCUACACCAGAUCGACCCCACAGUGAGACAGCCACCUAUGUUAAUAUUCCUGUCAGCCCUACUUCCAAAAAACAGCUUCACUACAUGGAACUGGAACUUCAAGAAUCUAGCACAAGCAUAAGAGAGUGCCCAAUCCAGAUGAAGAGCACUGCCAGCUGCCACAAGUGUUUUCUGUUCGAAUACCAGGGAGUGGAUCGUCCCGCUAUGCCCAGAUUGACAUUGCGGCCACUGAGACGGCGCACAAAGUGGGGACGCAGCACGCGCAGUGCCGCGAGGAGCGCCUGCAGGAGCUGGAGCAGAAGAGGAAAGGAGCUCAGCAGUGACCUGCCUAGGAAAGACCUUUGUGCUCACCACAAAUUCAUGCUAACUCAUCUUCCAAAAGAUUCACAUUUAUUGUAAAAAAACACCCACACAAAAUGCUGCCAUAGCUUCUUGCAGUUAUGCCAGAUUCAUUCCGAUAUCUUGAUUCCUAAUUGGAAAGCUGGUAGCGUUGAGUGUUGCGUUUGGUCUUUCCUUUUAUUUUAAUUUGGUUGUAAAGUCCAGAUUUUUUGUCAUAUGCAAUGACAGAUGUAAGUUACCUUUUUCUACAGUUCUAAAAUCAUGGAGAACCUGGAACCAAUUUCAGUGUUUAUUAAAUGGUGGCAUUUUCUUUGAAAAUAAAGAACUUGAAUGUG